UGAAGUGAAAGCGAUUCUAUCACGGCUUGGCAUGAGCUUUGGCUCCACCCAGCGGCCAGACGCCACACCGCAGCCUGUUCUUUCUCUAUGGCGUCCUUUUACAACCAGCUACGAUUUUUUUCAUGACGGGGAUUUCCUGAGGAAGUCAGACCAAGGGGGCUUUCCAGUCACUAGACUUCAUAUCAACAGCACACUGCCACAGUGGCGGCUUCUCUGUCUAUUCGUGUACCUCAACCGAGUCGUUUUUGGAACAUUCCGAUGUCAAAAUGACCCAAUUUGAUCCUACGGCCGUUGUAGCCUGUUCGAGAAGCGAGGACGGUGCUGUGGCCGCGUAAAUUUGGACGUUGUUGUCUCGGUGUGUCUGUCAUAUGAGUGGACCAUCCGUGGCUCCUCUCGUGAAAUUCUUCAGAGAAACACGGUUGGAUCAUCGGACGACAUCGCUGACCAACUGAUUCAUGUCAUGUCCGCAGGGCGUAAUGUGGAACAGCAGAUUGCCCUGCAGCAGCGUCCUCCAUCUCUUGCCAUGCCCUCCAUGGCCCAGCGGCCCAGGCCCGAGCCAAGCUUCUUGCCCCUGCAUGGCGGAUUUAGGGACCACUUUGUCACGAUGCCUGAGGCCAAGUAUCGGUGCGAGUCUUGCAGGCAUGUGCUCUGUAAACCUCGACAAACUGAGUGUGGACAUCGCUUCUGCGAGAGCUGCAUCACAGACCUGCUCAGUAAGCCCAACCCAGUUUGUCCAGCUGAUCUAGAACCACUCUUUGAAGAUAAGAUAUUCCGGGAUGUUUGCUGCAAUAGGGAAAUUAUGGCUCUGAAGGUCUACUGCCGAAGUGAGAAAAAUGGAUGUAAAGAACAAAUGAGUUUACAGCAGGUCAUGGACCACUUGGAAGUUUGUCCAUACUUCGAAGUGCCAUGCCCCUUGGGAAAGUGUAAGGAGAAGAUGAUGAGGAAAGACAUGUCUGAGCACUUGAGCCGCAAAUGCAAACACAGAGAGAUCACCUGUGAAUUCUGCAAUCACAAGAUGGCCCUCACCGAGUUACAGAAACACAAGGAUACAGUCUGUCCUGCAUUUCCUGUAGCAUGCCCUAAUCACUGCUCCUUUUCUUCCAUUCUAAGAAGUGAGCUGUCCAGUCAUCAGCAUGACUGUCCAAAGGCCCAAGUGACCUGCUCCUUUAUUCGCUACGGAUGCUCCUUUAAGGGGCUGAAUCAAGAGAUGAGGGAACAUGAGUCCAGUUUUGCAUCUGAGCACCUGAGAUUGAUGGCAGUCAGAAACACCACACUAGAGGCCAAGGUAGAGGAUGUUAAGAGCGAGCUGAUGGAGCGUUAUAAAGUGCUGCCCAGCCUCAGCAGUCGUCUUGCAGAGGUUGAGACUCAGUACGAGGAGAUGAGAGAAAAGAACAGGCAGCUGGAGCAGAAGCUAGUCAGCAUGCAGAAGCUGAUGAGCUCUCACUCAGAGAAACUGCUUGAGGUUGAGAUGGAGCUGCGGGAGCUUCGUCCACUGCGAGCUAUGAGGGAGGAGGUGGAGGCUCUGAGAGGGUCCGUGGAGAACAUGCGUUCAAUUGUAUCUUCUCUCGAUUCGGGUCGUGUUGGUUCCAGCUCUGGUUCUCACACGCUGGGCUCCUUAGAGCAGCAGCUCUCACGUCACGAUGACAUGAUGAGUGUCCAUGACAUCCGCCUGGCGGAGAUGGACCUGAAGCUGCAGGUGCUAGAGACGGCCAGCUUUAACGGUACGCUCAUUUGGAAGAUCCGUGACUACAAAAGACGGAAACAGGAAGCCGUGGCCUCAAAAACUCUCUCGCUCUACAGCCAGCCUUUCUACACGGGCUAUUUCGGCUACAAGAUGUGUGCCCGCGUCUAUCUGAAUGGGGAUGGAAUGGGUAAAGGCACACAUCUCUCGCUGUUCUUCGUGGUCAUGCGUGGGGAAUACGAUGCCUUGCUGCCGUGGCCGUUUAAACAGAAAGUAACAUUAAUGCUAAUGGACCAGGGGCCGGCAAGGAAACACUUAGGCGAUGCCUUCAAACCGGACCCAAAUAGCAGCAGCUUUCGCCGGCCCACUGCUGAAAUGAACAUCGCCUCGGGCUGUCCACUCUUUGUGGCUCAAACUGUCCUAGAGAACGGAACCUACAUCAAAGACGACACCAUCUUCAUUAAGGUGACUGUAGACACCUCCGACCUCCCGGACCCUUGAAAUCAACUUCACUGGGUCUAGAUAAUAUCAAGUCAAACAGCCCUCCCAGCCAAGACUUCGAAGAGCCGGGCUGAGUUGGAUUUAUAACAGUCCGUACUGUCAACUUGUGCUCGAGAGAUGGUGCGCUCUUCGGGAAACAACAGUGCCUUGCUGGGCUAGAUAGUUACUGCCUUUUGGAGGAGGUUUGAGCAGAUGAAUCUCCCAUGUCAGCCACAGCUAAAAUGCAGUCAAGAGUAAUACAUCAACUCUAAUCAACCCAAAGAAUGUUAAUGUCGAGGCAAAAUGAUGCCUAGAUUCUGUGUUGGUUGACUAACAUCAAGCCCAGAGUAUAAAAGGAAGCUGUUUACCCUCAUCUUCAUGUUAGCCUUCAAUGAGUAUGAAUGCGUUUGAGGCUAAAGGUCAUCUCUCAUAUUGGUUGUUAAAGGGAUACUCCACCCCAAAAUGAAAAUUUUGUAAUUAAUCACUUACCCCUAUGUCGUUCCAAACCCGUAAAAGCCCCGUUCGUCUU